AUGACACCUGUCACAAGAGGUAUGAAAGCUCGAAACGAUGAGCCUCCAACAAAGAAGGCUCGUCUGUCAAAUGACGUUGGGCAUGCAACGAAGAAUGCCGAAGAGCAAGAACGACUAGAUUUGGUCUCUUCGGUGAAUGAUCUAGUAGAGAAACUCUACAUAAACCCCGCCACUAUUGAUGCGGCACCGCUGCUUAGCAAAUUUCAUGGAUCUCCCCCAGCAUGGGCUCACACACGCACAAAUUUAUGCGAAUCCUGCCCACGGUUCAAAGCUGUCCAGGGUGCUGCUUAUACAAAUCAGAAUAAGCUCAUCGGAUUUCUGAUAGAUAAAGACUCUGGUGAACGGGCGUACGCAGAUCAUGAAAUCAUCAUCACCAGAGCGGGUGGGGGCUAUAAGAAGAAUAGCGAGGGCAACAUGGUCUUGCAUAAAGAUCAAGAAGAGAAUGGAAGAGUCGGUAAUUAUCUCUUCGCCGGUCUGGCUUCGAAGGACCCGGUUUUUGUUGUCAUGGGGAACCAAAAUGAACUCCUCCACGCCACCCUUCCAUACCGCUACAAUGUCAUGGCCUUCUUCGUGGUGACAGACGUCUGGUAUGAAAAGUCGGGGAAGUAUGCGGGGCUGAAGUUGCGCCUGCAGAAGGUUGAUCUUGCAACCACAAGCUGGUGGGCACGGCCCUCUGCUUCAAUGUCGAAUACAUCUGAUUCCCCAUCUUGGGAUCAUAUCAACUUUGAUCUCAAGCCUGAAACUUAUAAAUGCACCACUUGCAAGAAAGAAAGCCCUCGUAUAUACAACGAAGGCUGGAUCUGUCUCCAACGGAAAUGUCGAGAUUUCUGGAAGAUCAAUGGCGCCGAGCCACCUGCAACACUCACCUACCAUGCUUCUUUCUUGAGCUAUCGCCUUCACACAAAGUCAAUUGCCAGUCAUAUUUUCCCCAUCAACACAGCCGUCAAUGCCCCUCGCCUUGUUGAAGAUGCAGUAGCUCUCUUUGAACGAACAAAAGGGCUGACGACCAAAGACGCACGGCGCGGUAUUGUGUGUCCCAGAUGCCAAAUGUGUCAGUCACGCACGUUCUGGGAAGGCUGGAAAUGCGACUGUGGAUUUGAACAAAUGGCACCAAUGAAGCCAAUUUCUAUUAACUCAAUCUCGAGUCAAAACGAUCGGACGUUUGCCAAUGGUGGAAUUGAACACCACAUCAAUGAUGGGGUGUUCAAGCCGUACCGUGUAAUUUCCUACGUCAUCCCCAACAUCGGCUCCAUCACACAUUUCAUCUCCAAUGACAACAUAAAUGCAUGUGUAGGUGGGCCCAAUGAGUUGCUGAGCAGCCUUCACAGAGCUGAGCUUGGUCUUGAGCGACACCUCGUGGGUCAGGCAAGGGUUGCUGGAACUUUGACCGGCCACUUUGCCGUGAACUAUGGUACCCCGUAUAAAUAUAUUGUUUCUGUCGACUCCAAGGCAUUCAAAGAUGCCAGCGAUGAUCUCAUGAAAUGCUUAGGCCGUUUGUCCUGGGCGACUGAGAAAGCAGUUGUCCACGCUGGGCAUCUGUACCGGGCUCCGAAUGAGUUGCUGGUCCUUGGAUAUUUUGAAGGGAUGAAGAUCGGGUACCAUGAUGAUGGUGAAAGCACCCUGGGCCCAACAAUUGCAACCCUCUCCUUAGGUGGAAAGUCCAAAAUGACGCUUCGCAUGAAGUACGGUGACUACUUUGGUCUCUCUCGUAUAGGGUGCCCCAUUAAAAACGAUGCCAUUCUGGAGGGGUGCAAGGCGCGGGAGCUGCGCCAGAGUUUGAAGCGAAGGCUGGAAAAAGACAACUCCGCCCACAGUCGUGAGCUGUAUGAUACAGAGCGGCGCCAACGUCUCCAUGCCAAGGGGGAGCCCCCCGUGGAGAUAUCCAUGGACCUGCGGCAUGGAGACCUGGUUGUGAUGCACGGAGAACUGCUGCAGAAGCAUUAUGAGCAUGCCGUUACCUCUCAGUCGACCCUUCGCUACGCUUUGACGGCGCGAUUUGUCAAGACUGACAACAUGUCAGCUGCCGAGUGCGAAAAAGGCGAGUUCAAGCUGAAGGAGCAUCAGAUUUACAAAGGAAAUUGA